CAAAGCCAAUUGGCGCCAUGCGCUUCCGAGGGCUGCAUCUGGAUUCCGGUGCCCAUUCGUCGGGUACCAUGGCUGAAAUCUCUGAGAAGAUCAAGAAGCAGGUUGGCGUGGAGCCGGGCUAUCACACGAUUCCCAAGUGCCGCGCAGGCUUGCUCAAGUAUCAUCCAAAGCUGGAGGAUUUGCCGGAGCGUAGCAUGAAGGAUUCGUACAGAACGGCAAUACUGCCACUGGGCUCCGAUGAGAGAGUGCGUGAGCAUCACGUCAAUCAUCUGGGAAUGGUGCGUAGGGGGCGCCUAGUCGAAGAACUAGACAUGUUCGCCAUUUGGAUAUGUCAUUGUCAUGUGAAGCUGCCCCUGGCGAGGAACACCCCUUUGCCAUAUACUUUUGUGACUCUUCUGGUGGACCGCGUGGAGAUGUUGGCCGACGCCAAGGCAGACAUUGAUCUUGAGCUGUCGGGCCAUGUGUCCUGGACAGGUACCAGUUCCAUGGAGAUUUCCAUCAAUGUGCGACAGCAGGAACAAACCAUUGCCAAGGCCAUCUUUCUGAUGGUUGCCCGCAAUGCCACAAACACAGCGCCUGCUCCCGUCAAUCCGCUAAAGCCGACCUUGGGGCAGGAGCAGCUUUACUGGGAGGCAGCCAAGGAGCGUCACAAACAGAAAGCCACCUCUUCCAUGUGCCUGGAUAAAAGGCCGCUCACCAAAGCGGAACAGAAUCUCAUGUAUGAGUUGUUUAUGCGCAGCACGGGAACUGACAUCCUCUGGGAAACGUCCAGCGAGGAGCCGAUGGACUGUCGCUGGAUUGCGAGCACGCAGCGUUCCAAAGUUCUGUUGCCCUUUCCAGAGAAUCGCAACAAUCACAACACCAUCUACGGCGGCUACAUAAUGCGCAAUGCCAUCGAGAUUUGUUACAUAACAGCGAGCUUCUAUGCCGGUCGAAGACCUCUGCUGCAGUACCUCUCGGAUGUGGCUUUCUUUCAGCCUGUGCGCGUCACUUCCAUACUCAAGCUGACGGCCUAUGUGGUGUACACCUCAGAGCAGUAUAUGCAACUAAUGGCCGUGGCAAAGGUACUCGAUGCGAACAGCUUUACGGAGAUGCACACGAAUGUUUUUCACCUCACGUAUGUGAGCGAACACAAGGUGAAGGAGGUGCUGCCGCACAGCUUCCAGGAGACAGUGUGGCACAUCAUUGGACGGCGACAUUUUGAGAGCUACCAACAGAGAAAGUAGAGUAGAGAUUUAUGCACCCAAAAAAGAACCUUUAAACUGUACACACAAUG